AUUCGUUUUAACUCGCUUUGCUAAACAAUUACUCUGUUUAUUUUCAAUAAUUCUAAUUCCUGUCCAUCUAGUGUUUCUCUUUUGUGUACCUAGUACAAAAAUAAACGUUAGCAAACUAUGGAACAAGGAUUUUUCAAGGCAAAUAGCUCAAAUUUGCCAAGAGUUGACUUAUUGAUGUUGGGAGCAUAUUUUGCAGCAAACCAGGACUAUAUUUCGGCUGAAUUUCGAAAUAUAAAAACCUCCAUGUCUUCAAGACCAUCAUAUGGCGACGACGCCGUGAGUUAUGUACAGCUGAAACGUGAUGGGAAAAUGUGCACAGUAAAGUGUAAAAUUUGCCCUGAACAUAAGGUUCACGCUAAGCUGUAUGCAGUAACACUAGUAAUAGAUGAAGAAGAAGAAGUUGUCGUCUCUGUACAGUGUCACGACUGUAUCGCUUCUCAAGGAGGCUGCAAACACUCAAUAGCAUUCCUAAUGUGGAUACAUAGAAGGAGUGAAGAGCCAGCAUGUACUUCUGUAACAUGUUAUUGGAAGAAGUCUAAACUGUCCAGUGUUGGAUCGAGCCUGAAAUACAUGACAGCAAAAGAAUUGGCAAAUGGUGUACCUACAUUAACAAGCAAAAAUAGUGUCUACAAUAAAUUUUUAGAAAUAGGGAAGAAAAAUAAACUUAAAGACUGUGAACUACUGAAGUAUCAAUCAAGUUACAUUUGUGAUAGCCUUCAAAGUGUAUCUAUGCACCAGCUGGUGUUGAAAUAUAAUGAACAAUCUUGUGAUAUAUUUUUAAAAAAUGUAGUUCUGUCUAAUGACAUUAUAUUGGAUAUAGAAAAGGCUACAAGGGAACAACACAAAAACAGCCUUUGGUUUGAACUUAGAUAUGGAAGGAUCACAGCAUCUCGUGCAUUUGAAUUUAGUCGGUGUAAAAAAACUGAUGGUACAUUAAUAGCACAAAUAAUUGGAGCUAGUAUUCCAGACACACUAGCCAUGAAACGUGGCAGAAAAUUAGAAGACGAUGUAAGAAAAACUGUAGGUAUACAUUUAGGAAAAAAUAUAAAAAAGUGUGGGCUCAUGCUUUCAAAACAAUAUCCUAUGAUAGCAGGUACACCAGAUGGGAUAUGUGAAGAUAGCAUAAUUGAAAUAAAAUGCCCAACAAGUGCAAAAACUUAUAUGAAUUAUGUUAAGAAUGGCAAGCCAGUUGAAAAGUAUAAUACACAAAUGCAAAUACAAAUGCAUUUGACUGGGCUACAAAGUGGUUAUUUUUGUGUUGCAGACAAGGACUAUAGCACAAAUAAAAAAGUUGAAAUUAUACGUGUAAUUUAUGAUGAUAUAUAUACACGUGAUAUUAUAAAUAUUUUAGUUAAUUUGUGGAAACAAAAUGUAUAUCCAGUGUUAUACCAAACUACUUUGUAAGUACUGAUUUAUUACCUAAAAAUAAAAAAAAAACUACAAUACUAUAGUGAGGCAUGGUGACCACAAUACUGGUAGCAGUAACUCUUUUCAAUAGCCAAAUUUUUGUAAAAGAAAAUGGUUUUUAAUAGAUAUUACAUAGAGUAAUCUUAAGUUACUACAACUAGUGUAGAACAUAGCUACAGUGCUAUAGUGCUAAACAAACUUUACUCAAUGUAACCAUUGUUAAAGUCCAUUUUCUUACUCGUAUAAUACAAAAAAAGUUAGUGUAUUCCUUCACUAGUGGAUGCCUGUGACUUCGUCCCUUAGACCACUUUAAUCCAGCCCUAGCAAUAUCUGUUAUUAGUGGACACCUACUAACUGUUAACUACCUCCCUGCCGAAUUUCAGCUUUGUACAUCAACCUAUUUUCAAGAUUUCAUUAUUUCACCUUUCACUUUUAUAUAUUAAGAAAAUAUAUAAAUCAAUUUAUUUUUCAAUUCUAUUAUCACUAUCAAUAUCGACUUUCCAUACAAACCUUCCUUCAACCCCUAUUCCACCCCAUUCUCUUUUUAUUUUAGGUAUAAAAAUUAGCUUAUGUUCUGCUCCAAGGUCCCAUUUUUCAUAAUACCAAAAUUAAUUUUCCCGUCCCCUUGCCAUUUCUAUUGCUGAAAGUUUUCCGUUCUAAGGAUAUAUUAAUAAUAAGAUUAAGAAGUCUGACUAAUGUUCUAGUUGAUAUAUUUUAGAUAUUCAAGCAUAGUUUUAAUUUUAACAUAAUUUUGAUUUAUCAUAUUUGUUUCUUUAUGUAUAUUUGUCUGGUUAUAUCUUUAUUUAAAAAUUUAAAAUAACCUUCCUUAUUACUUUAAAAAUAAAACACAAAAUAA